GGGUCUGUGGAUUUAUGCAGUCAUCAUGCAUGGAGAGUUGUGCUUUCUGCUAUAUGCAUGCUUUUUUGAAGCUGGAGCAUUGCAUCCACAUGGACUGGUGCUUCAGACAUUCAGCCAAAUGAGAUCCAAACGAGAAAUAACCAGAACGGAGAGAGAAGCACAUAAACCUGGCAGCACCAUACUGAUGAGUAGCCCAGACGUUACAAAAGCCCCCAUCACUAAUUCAGAAAAGCUCCUCAAGUUAGAUGAUCAUGACUUCACAAUGAGGCCUGGCUUUGGAGGGCCUGCAAUACCUGUAGGUGUUGAUGUUCAACUGGAGAGUCUGGAUGCCAUCUCUGAAGUGGAUAUGGAUUUCACCAUUACACUGUACCUGAGACAUUACUGGAAGGACGAGCGACUGUCGUUUCCCAGCAACACCAAUCAGAGCAUGACGUUUGAUGGCCGACUGGUAAAGAAGAUCUGGGUUCCUGACAUAUUCUUUGUCCAUUCCAAACGAUCCUUCAUCCAUGACACCACCACAGAGAAUGUUAUGCUCAGAGUGCAUCCCGAUGGCAAAGUGCUCUACAGCUUGAGGGUGACAGUCACAGCGAUGUGCAGUAUGGAUCUCAGUCACUUCCCCUUGGACACCCAGACGUGCUCACUGGAGAUCGAGAGCUAUGCUUAUACUGAUGAUGACCUGAUGCUCUACUGGAAGAGAGGGAAUAAAUCUCUGCAGACAGAUGAAAAGAUCUCUCUCUCUCAGUUCCUUAUACAGGAAUUUCACACCACCACUAAACUGGCCUUCUACAGCAGCACAGGUUGGUACAAUCGAUUGUACAUCAACUUCACUCUGCGGCGUCACGUCUUCUUCUUCCUGCUUCAGACAUACUUUCCCGCCACUCUGAUGGUCAUGCUGUCAUGGGUUUCCUUCUGGAUCGACCGCAGAGCUGUUCCUGCUAGAGUUCCUCUGGGCAUCACGACGGUGCUCACCAUGUCCACUAUCAUCACUGGAGUGAACGCCUCUAUGCCCAGAGUCUCCUACAUCAAAGCUGUGGACAUUUACCUGUGGGUCAGCUUCGUCUUUGUCUUCCUGUCUGUGAUUGAAUAUGCUGCUGUCAAUUACCUGUCCACUGUGCAGGAGCGCAAAGAAAGGAUGCAAAGCAACAAGAUGCCGUGCGCAUGUGGAAUGUCUCAUCCUGGUCAGAUGAUCAUGAGCAGCAGCUACAGUGAAAUGGACAUGAUGACCACAGGAAACUAUGGCAUGUCUGAGAUGAAUGGAGACAAACAGGAGCAGUUCCUGAUGCACCUGGUGCUGGAGAAUGAGCAGGGAAUGCAAGGACCUUCUGUGACAUCACACAGCAGUGUGUUUAUAGACACUCAUGCUAUUGACAAAUACUCACGGGUCAUAUUCCCUGGAGCAUACACACUCUUUAACAUCAUAUACUGGUCUAUAUACUCACAAUGAC